CAACAAUUCACGCACACCCAAGAAGAAGAGGAAGAGGAAGAAGAGGAGGAGGAGGAGGAGGGACGAAUUUUCAUGACGUUAUAGAGUAGGAAGAGACCGCGCUAGCUCGUGACGUCAGAGAGAUUCCCCGAUGGCUGUUCACGGCCCCUUUAAAUAUGGCGGCCAGGUGACGGUCAGGCCAGUCUGCUCUUGUACCUGAGAGCGAGAGUAAGUGAGCGAGGGAGAGAGAAAGAGAGAUAGAGAUACACACAAUAUCUCUCGGUUACAACAAGUUUGAUUCCUGAAAGUGAGAGAGAGAGAGAGAAAGAGAGAGACUUCAACCCGGGUCAUUUCUCUUCUGCAACAUAAACAAAGGUACCAAUACACCCAACAACGGUACCGAUAAGCAAGCGGUACCCCACAACACGGAGGAACCAAUAAUCACCGGUACCAAAAUACCCAACAACGGUACCAAAAACACAGUGGAACCAAUAAUCACCGGUCCCCAAAAUCCCAGUAACGGUACUAUAAACAAAGGAACCAAUAAUCACCGGUACCAAAAUACCCAACAACGGUACCAAAAACACAGUGAAACCAAUAAUCACCGGUCCCCAAAAACCCAGUAACGGUACUAUAAACAAAGGAACCAAUAAUCACCGGUACCCAAGAUGGACUCUCACAGUUACGAGGAUAUCAAACCCUCCUUCACACUCAACGAAUCGCCAUUUUUGAGCGAUUCCACCAUUGAUUCCUUAUGCGAGACUUACCUGGGGAACAUGAACUCCUUUACCGCCCCUCUUCCACCGUCCUCCUCCUCCUCCUCCUACUCCUCCUCCUCCUACGCCUCUUCCUUCACCUCCUCCUCCCCCCUGUCCCCUUUUGACGGUGAAUGUAGUUUGCUUGAAGAAAUGGAGGCGUUUUCAAGAAUCGACGUCUGGGAGUGGAGAGGCGAGGACACACUCGACUGGGCAGGGAGUGUGUGCAGACGCCGCGGGUUGGACACACACACAGUUGACCUCACGCACUUCAGACACACCGCGGGGUCACAUCUUCAGCAAAUGACCCAGGCUGACUUCAGUGACCUCGUUGGUGGAGUCUAUGGCCCGCUGUUCUUUGCCGAAUUCCAGGACCUUUGCCGCAAGAGAGAGGAAGGCAAGAAAUGGAGGCAGCAAUGUGGAGGGUCAAGCCCGUACAGCGAUUGUGGAAAUUUCGAUCUUGACUUUGACCUUAAAUCGGAAUUCGGCAGUGACCUCGGUGACCUCGACUUGACCUCCGAGGACAUCCGUGACCUCGAUCGCUACAUCCUCGACCCCAAUGACCCCUCCCUGGUUGGCGGAAUGCAGGAUAUGGACCUUGGCGCGAGCUCACUUGGAUAUGAUAGUAUUGAUAGUUGCCCGGAAUCUGUCGCUCAACUAUCCGCCGCCUCUUCCUCCCCUUCCUCCCUCUCCCCCAUCCCCUUCUCCUCCUCCUCUUCCUCCUCCCCCUCCCCCUCCUCCUCCAAUCAUCUCGCCCCUCCUGAUCCUCUGAAGAAGAUUCGGGCUGACCCAAAGAAGAGAGAGCGUGGUCCAAGGAACUGGGAAUUUGUGAUCCGCCUCCUCGCUGAUCCACGUUCGAAUCCUUCUCUCAUCCGCUGGGAACAGAAGGAUCAGGGAGUGUUCAGACUCGUCCAGCCCGCUGUGAUCGCCUCCAUGUGGGGCAAGAGAUCCGAUCGUCCUAACCUGUCCUACGAUAACUUUGCGAGGGGAUUGAGGUACCACUACACCACAGGAGCGCUCCAGCCUGUCUCAGAGAAGCAAUUGGUGUACAGAUGUGGACCCAAGGCAUUGAGGUAUCUGAUUGACCUGAGCCGAGGGGCGUGCCAGUGAGAGAGAGAGAGAGAGAGAGAGAGAGAGAGAGAGAGAGAGAGAGAGAGAGAGAGAGAGAGAGAGGGAGAGAGGGAGAGCGAGAGAGAGAGAAUGGAGAGAGAGGAAGGAAAGAAUGGAGAGAAAGAUUAAAAAAUGACAAAAAUGAAGAAGAUUGAAGAGAUAGAGAGAGGAGAAAUGAGAAAGCAGAGAGAGAGAGAGAGAGAGAGAGAGGGGGGCAGCUAUUACUAUUAUUAUCAUUAUUAUUAUUUAUAUAACUUAUCGUAUACUAAUUACAUAUCAAAGUUAACAAUGACAUAGUAAUCUUAUAGCGCUAAUGAUCGUACCUGAAGUAACUAUUAUUAUUAUUAUUAUUAUUAUUAUUAUUAUUAUUAUUAUUAUUAUUAUUUAUUAAGUUAUUGCUACGAACAAGCUUUAAGGACUACACAAGGCCAGUAUAAGUAUUCGUAGUAGUAGUAGUAGUAGUAGUAGUAGUAAUAGUAUUUAAAUAACUAUGCAAAAGGCUUUAAUAUAAUCUUAAGGUUGUAGUAAUGUUAAGUUAUAGAGGAGGAGGAGGAGGAGGAGGAGGAGGAGGAGGAAGAGGAGGAGG